AUGGAACAAUUCAUGGUUAGUUCUACUUUAGCAGGAUCCUAACUGUCAGGGUGUGAUCUUUAGGAAUUACUGGAUUUCAACGUGGAUUCCAAAAGAAAGAUGGGUCGUCCUCCGAAGGUUCCUCCUUUUUCCCACUACGACGCUUACAAAAGGGCAGACAUUGACUUCUUCAUCUCACUGUUUUCUGGACGGGAGGAGCUCUACAAUCCGUGCGAAGAGUUCAAUGAGUUUCGACAGAAAGCACUGCAUUUCAUUGAAAAGAAGUGUUGUCACUUCUUGGCGAUGAGAAAAGGUAAUGAAAGAUAGCUGUCAAAUUCUGACAGUCUAGUUUUUGUUUACCGCCUCUUUCGUAAAAUGCGCCUGGUACACAAGUGGUCGGAAAUACGUUGUAUGAGCGACUAAUCGAUUCAAAUUGAAAAAAUAGAACGUAUAGGAGAGCGAAUGUGUUUGUGGCGACUGCGAAAAACAAACAACUGAACAUAUUUGAGAGGCCAACAACCGCCUGAAACCGACACGUUUGCAGGCAGGAACGCAGAGAAACUUUGGCUUUAUCUGUUCAAUGAUUUCGAAAAGGUCUUACGUAACGGCGGGGACAAAAAAGACGAUAGAUGCAAGUCCAUAAUGGUCUACUUCGACUGCCUCAAGUUUCUGAUUCCGUACCUACAGAAGGCAGAUCGAAUGAAGUGAGUUUGAAAUUGCAAUAACGCAAGUAGUAAAAGUGGGUGGAAACAUCUCGACUUUCAGUCUGCCACGCAUGAGCUCCACUUUCAAUUUGUUGGCAGAGAGUUUGAAAGAAGAGGCCAAACGCCCGAAACUUGAGCACACGGGAGACCAAAUGAAUGGUCAGUUUGGCAGUUGGAAGACAAUUGUAGUUUGAACGAGAACAGUUUCAGCAGACGAUUGGCUUCAGAAAGUGAUAGAGACUGUGACAAAUCAGCCGAGCAGCUCAGGGACUGGAAUUAACCUGAGCAGUGUCUUGCCAGUUGAUACCAAGACAACAGCAUUCCCUUUUGCUACGUACGAUUUCGAGCAGGAUGAGAGUAAGCCAGUGAUGUCGUUGACAUCUUCUGAGAAGCAUGCCGACAUCAUUUCAUGCGUCACCAACUUUUUGGAAGAAGUACCUAAGGAGAAGCUCAUGCUGUGCAAAGUUCGACUAUUCCAAUUUAUCGAGGAGGAAAAGAAAAAGCUGAAGGAAGAAAAAUCAGCGGCUAAUUGA